CACCUUUCCCUCUCUUCUCAAAGCUUGUGUCUCCCCAUCUCACUUGAAUUAUGGCAAAGCAAUCCAUUCCACAAUCAUUGUGUUGGGUCUGCACUCUGAUCCAUUUAUCACCUCUUCACUUAUCAGCAUGUACGUUAGAUGUGGGUCGCUCGAUACUGCACUCCAUGUGUUCGAUACAUUGCUCAACAAUCAAGUGUUAGUUCCAGACGCCACUGUUUGGAACUCUAUGCUUGAUGGUUACUUUAGAUAUGGGUUUUUUCAUCAAGGUAUCUCUCAUUUUCGCAGAAUGCAAUCACUGGGCAUACUGCCUGAUGCCUACUCACUCUGUAUACUUCUUGGUAUCUCUGGUCGUUUUUUGGGAUAUUUGGAGGGGAAACAGAUUCAUGGUUACAUUGUUAGGAGCAUGUUAUUUGGUGACCCUUUCUUGGAGACUUCAUUGAUUGAGAUGUAUUCAACUUUUAGUCGGCCCAGGGAAGCAUGGUGUGUGUUUCUCAAGUUGGAAGAUAAGAGCAAUGUGGUGCCUUGGAAUGUGACGAUUGGAACCUUUUGUGCCAAUGGGAUGUGGGCAAGGAGUUUAGAAAUUUACUCAUUAAUGAAGGAUGAGAAUGUCAAAAUUGUGUCAGAGUCCCUUACUAUUACUCUCAGUUCAUGUUGUCAAUGUCAAAGUGUGAAUUUUGGCAAGCAAGUUCACUGUGAUGUCAUCAAGAUAGGUUUUCAAACUGACCCUUAUGUCUAUACUUCUCUUUUGACCAUGUAUGGCAAGUGCAAAUUGCUAGAGGAUGCAAAAAAGAUAUUCAAUCAGGUACCAGAUAAAGAAAUUGAAUUAUGGAACGCAAUGAUCUCAGCUUACGUUUUCAAUGGCUGUGCUUAUGAUGCUUUUGAAGUCUACACAAAGAUGAGGUUUAACUUUAUAACACCAGAUUCUUUCACCAUGUCUAAUAUUUUAACAUCUUGCAGUAUGAUUGGAAUAUAUAAUGUUGGGAGGUCACUUCAUGCAGAAUUAGUAAAAAGGCCUAUAGAGAAUACCAUCACAGUUAAGAGUUCACUGGUGACCAUGUACUGCAAGUGUGGUAGUGUUGACGAUGCUACUUCAGUUUUUAGUACAAUUAGGGAAAUGGAUAUUGUUUCAUGGGGCUCCAUGAUAUCUGGUUUUUUACAAAAUGGGAAAUUCAAGGAGGCUUUAGACCUUUUUAGAAUAAUGGAAGCCGAUGGGUUGAGACCAGAUUCUGAUAUCAUGUCAACUGUAAUCAGUGCUUGCAAUGGACUAGAGAAUAUAGAAUUGGGGUGCAUGGUACAUGGAUAUGCUAUCAAAAGUGGAUUGGACCUGGAUGUUUAUGUAGCUACUUCCCUGGUGGGUAUGUAUUCUAAAUGUGGUUUCCCAGAUAUGGCUGGAAAUGUAUUUUACGGCAUGCCACAUAAGAACCUUGUUGCUUGGAAUUCUAUGAUGACGUGCUACAGCUUGAAUGGCCAUCCAGACAAAUCGAUUGAGCUGUUUCCUCAAAUUGUUCAGCAUGGCUUUUGUCCGGAUUCUAUAUCCAUCACUUCUGCUCUUGCUGCACUCUCUUCCAUUGCAGCAUUGCUUAAAGGAAAGAUCAUCCAUGGUUAUCUAAUUAGACAGGAGAUCUUAUCUGAUACUGAGGUGGAGAAUGCAUUGAUUGAUAUGUAUAUCAAGAGCGGACUUCUGAGAUACGCGCGGAAUAUAUUUCAAAGCAUGUCAAAGAAAAACGUGGUAACUUGGAAUUCAAUGAUUGCUGGUUAUGGAUCUCAUGGAGAGUGUGACAGAGCAUUGUCAUUGUUUCAUGAGAUGAAAAGCUUUGGAAUAACACCUGAUGACGUGACUUUUCUAUGUUUGAUUUCUUCUUGCAAUCAUUCUGGUCUGGUUGAUGAAGGGCAAAAUCUACUUCAAUCCAUGAAGGUGGAGUAUGGAAUUGAACCUAAAAUGGAGCACUAUGUCAACGUGGUUGAUCUGUUGGGGCGUGCCGGACGCUUGGAUGAUGCUUAUAGUUUCAUUAAAAACAUGCCUAUUGAAGCAGACAGGAGUAUUUGGCUGAGUUUGUUGUGUGCCUGUCGAACACAUCAUGAUAUUGAGCUUGGAGAAGUUGCAGCUGAUAACUUAUUAAAACUGGAACCCAGCAGAGGCAGCAACUAUGUUCAACUGCUAAACUUGUACGGAGAAGCGGAAUUGUGGGACAAAGUGGCAAAGUUGCGGGUGACAAUGAAAGAAAAAGGGUUGAAGAAAAUCCCUGGGUGUAGUUGGAUUGAAGUGAAGAACAGGAUUGAUGUUUUCUUCUCUGGAGAUUCGUCAUCAAAGAAAACCGUCAAGAUCUAUGAGACAUUACACAGCCUACAGAGGAACAUGGAAAAGAAAGGAGAUGAUUGUCAUUUUUAUGGAUUGUAAGAAGAUUCUUCCCAAAGCAUAUUUAUGAAAUGUAGUAACAGUUCUUAUUAAUAAUGAAAAUGUAAGUUUGAU